AUGACCGACGCAGAAAUGGACGUCGACGCUCGCACGUCCACAACUGCCUUCGAUGACGAUCUAAUCGAUUAUGACGACGAGGACUUCAUAGACCAGGCUGGUACGAAGGAAGAAACGCUCCACUCGACUUUAAAGGGUGUCGACGAUGGCGCCCUGCGCGAACAGCCGACAGUAGGCACAGUAGAUGCGGCAGACUUGGACGACACCUCGAAGAACCAGACGCCUCUAGACAUCGCACUCAAGUCAGAAACGACCAGCAAUACGGCACGCGAGGACGUAUUAUUUGAGAAUGAGGUCGACGAGCCCACUGUGCAGGAGUAUGUCGAAAUUGAAGAUGGUCAACACGCGGAAGAACUGGGCGAAUAUUUGGAAGAUAUCCCAGAGCAACCGGCGGAACAAGCUGCAAACGAGGACCAAAUCGAGCAGCAAUAUGAAGUCGAUGAUGGCGAUCAGCUGCACGACGAGUCAAUGGAAGGCAUGCGCUACGGCGAAGAGCAGGAUCAACAAACUGGGCAACUAGAUGAACCUGCCGCUGAGGCGGAUGCCGAUGAAGAAGCAACAGUGCUUGCCCCAGUAGAGGAGUUGCAGGAUCCCGAGGACCUGGAAUCACCGAUGCCCAACGGAAACGAUGACACCGAGGAUACGACUUACGUCGAAGACUUGGUCGAUCAUCCAGCUGAAGAAGAAAACCCAAAAGAGCAUGAGCGCCUCGAGGGCACAUGGGACGUCGACCAAGAGGGCGAGGCGAAGGAACAGAACGUUGGACCUGACACCAGGAACGAUGCCAUCACGGAAGCGCCGCUUACAGCUGAUGGCGAAGACGGAGUAGAGGCGCCAUGGGCGAACGCCGAGCAGGCUGCGGAUUCGAGCCAAGAAAAGCACGAUGCUGCCGAAGCCAACUGCCAUAUCGUCACUGUGCAGUACAAAGGAGAAGAGUUCCCUUUAUUCUCAAGCGACGCUGAAGGCUUUUUCCCAGAAGAGUCUUGCCUUGCUCUCACAAUCGACCAGCUGCUCGCAGGUCUCCGAGUCGAACUAGAGAACGAGCUGGCAGAUGAAGAGGAGCUUGUGUUUCAGAUCGACGAGCUGGGUCUCGAAUAUGCUGAGUCUUCAAAACCCGAACACUGUAACGUAACGCUCAGCUACAUACUCGAGAUUUUCAACCUCCUUGUCAAGAAUCAGGGCCAUGAUGGCUCUCGAACGCUAUACACCUACCUUUUCACGAAGACAAGCACGCCAAAACGAUUUACCUCUUUGUGUGAGAGCGCCAAUACGGGACGGGGUCUUGACGAGAUUUGCCAACUAUUUGAAUCACCCAUGCCUCAAGCCGUUCGCAACGAAGACGCUGAGAGUAUCGAGCUUUACGAACAAUUGGACGAUUUGGAGAGCACAGGUGAUGAAGCCGAGGAGCACGACGGGGAUAUUCACCCAGAUGCAACAAAAGAGCAGACCACGCCGCUACAGACGGAGGCUCAUGAAAACGACGAGGCCGAUAACUUUCACAACGAGGCCCCAGCUCACCCGAAUCACGACCUUGUUGAUGACGAGGGCAAUGACGCUGUCCAUGAUCCAGAGGAAGAAUUCAUUUUCCAGCAAGAGGAUGAAGAGCAGCACGAUGUUUCGCAAUCGAACGAGGCCCGGGACGCUGAGACAAGCCAGGAACAGUUUGUUGAAGAGCACCCUCCCCAGCCAACAAUGGGCGACACAGAUCCCAAUGGUAAACCAGCCGCUCUUCUUUGUACCCCGAGCCCCCGGCACGGCCACCACUACCACGACCACUGCCCGUGCUCGUCCCAUGAAGACACAGACAUGAGCGCGGACAGUUUUGUCUUCAGCUUUUACAACGAACCAGAUGCUGACCGUCCCUUUCCAGCUACCGCAGAUACAGACUUAGACGGAAAUUCGGCGACAGUAAAUGGCCAUGAUGUCGAAUCCGGCACGUACGACGACACUGAUCAGCAAACCAAUGGAAUGGCAGCUGUCGCCACCCUCGAAGAUAUUGCGAGCCCGAGUCAUAUGCUGGAUGACGAAGACGACGCUCCAAACGCCACUGUCGACGUUGAAGCACAACCAGAGGUAUCAGAGGUCCCGACUCUCACUGACGAGGCCGCCGACGCAACGUGGGAUCAUCAAGUCGCACAACAAGACGCAGAGCACGUGGCCUCCCCAAAUACCAAGAGGCCCCGGGGCGAUGAUGAGCAGGACGUUGACGAUGAAAAAGGUUUUUAUCCCCAUUCCAAACGUCGUUCUGCCCACUGA